GAGAGGGGGGCGGGGAGAAGACGAUGGAAGCAGGCAAGGAGCCCGGAGCGGCACCAGCCACAGGGAACAAGCCCGGUGAGGUGGAGCCGGCGUCGUCCUUCCAGAGCCGCCUGUGGAGGAGCCUACAGCUGGGGAGUAAAGGCAAGGGCAGCGGCAAAGCGGGAGCCGAACGCCGCAGUGCGGAGACCUCGCCGUCGCUUCCUCGAGCUCGAGCCGUGGACCAGCCGGCCAAGGCAGACUUGUUAGCCGGCGGCGGCGGCAGGUGGGGAGGCCUCAGGCGUCGAAAGCAUGUGCUGGACCGCGUCUUCUCGUCCUCUCAGCCCAACUUGUGCUGCUCCUCAGCAGAGCCCCUGGAGGCCGUGAGCACCGAGGCCGGCUCUGCGCUGCGCCGCCUGCGAGAGCAUCUCCUUCACCAUCACCACCACCACCACCACCAGGGCAAAGGGGGGCAGCAACAACAGCAGGGCCGGCGGCCCGACGACACGGCUGCCUCUUUCUCUGCUUCUUCCUCGGCCUGUUCCUCGCCGCUCCUCUCGGCUGCUGCACCCCGAAAGGAUAGGAGCGGCGGGGAUGGAGCCCUCAAAGCGGAGGAGCUUCCGCAGCAGCCCCGGCUCGGGGCUCACCUGUCCCAUCAGAAGAGUUCUUCUCUGCCCGGCGGCGCCGCCUGCCUGGAGCAGUUGCUUCAAGAGUCGCCCACCAAGGGCAAAGCGAAGGAGCCGGAGGGCAGCCCUCGUCCUUCCAAGGCGUUACAGGCAGGUGCCUUACAUGGUAGUAGCCAGGAAAUAAUUGGUCUUGCUGGAACAAGUAAUGUAGAAUUACCCCUUGCUGAACCCGGAAUGUACCAGUUGGACAUUACAUUAAGAAGAGGUACUAAUUUAGCAGCUCGUGAUCGAAGAGGAACAAGUGAUCCAUAUGUCAAGUUUAAACUUGGUGGAAAAGAAGUCUUUAGAAGUAAAACAAUCAAUAAGAAUCUUAAUCCUAUUUGGGAGGAAAGAACUUCCAUUCUUAUUGAACACUUAAGGGAGCAGCUGUAUAUAAAGGUUUUUGAUUAUGAUUUUGGACUUCAAGAUGACUUCAUGGGAUCAGCUUUUUUGGACCUCAGUUCCCUGGAACAAAAUAGGCCUGUUGAUGUUACAUUGAGUCUGAAAGACUCACAUUAUCCUGACCAAGAUCUUGGGACUAUAUUAUUAACUGUGUUGCUGACCCCAAAAGAACAGCAGAGGGAAGUGACAAUGCUAAUGAGGAAGAGUUGGAAAAGAUCAAGUAAGUUUCAGACCCAGAGUAUACGUCUGUCGGACCUGCACAGAAAAGCUCAGCUAUGGAGAGGAAUAGUCAGUAUCACUUUAAUUGAAGGUCAUGAACUCAAAGCCAUGGAUCCAAAUGGGCUCAGUGAUCCCUAUGUGAAAUUUCGGCUAGGACAUCAGAAGUACAAGAGUAAGAUAAUGUCAAAAACCUUGAAUCCCAGGUGGAGGGAACAAUUUGAUUUCCAUCUUUAUGAGGAACGAGGUGGAAUUAUUGACAUUACAGUGUGGGACAAAGAUGCUGGCAAAAAGGAUGAUUUUAUUGGCAGGUGCCAGGUUGACCUGUCAACCCUAAGCAAAGAGCAGACUCAUAAGCUAGAGCUGCCUCUGGAGGAAGGUGAAGGGCAUCUGGUACUGUUGGUUACAUUGACUGCUUCAGCUGCAGUCAGCAUCUCUGACCUCUCAAUGAAUGCCUUGGAAGACCCAAAGGAACAGAAAGAAAUUCUAAAGAGAUAUAGCCUAAUACAGAUGUUUCAAAACAUAAAGGAUGUGGGAUUUCUCCAGGUGAAGGUCAUCAGAGCAGAAGGUUUGAUGGCAGCUGAUGUUACAGGUAAAAGUGAUCCAUUUUGUGUAAUAGAGUUGAACAACGAUAGAUUGUUGACCCACACAAUAUAUAAGAACCUUAAUCCUGAGUGGAACAAAAUCUUCACUUUCAACGUUAAAGAUAUCCACUCAGUUCUUGAAGUGACAGUUUACGAUGAAGAUCGUGAUCGGAGUGCUGACUUCCUGGGCAAAGUGGUUAUUCCAUUAUUGUAUAUUCAAAAUGGUGAACAGAAAGCCUACGUUUUGAAAAACAAGCAGCUGACAGGGCCAACAAAGGGGGUCAUCUAUCUUGAAAUGGAUGUGAUUUUUAAUGCUGUGAAAGCCAGCAUCCAAACGUUAAUGCCCAAAGAACAGAAAUAUAUUGAAGAAGAAAACAGAAUAUCUAAACAGCUUCUUCUAAGGAACUUUAUGCGUGUGAAACGUUGUGUCAUGGUCAUUAUAAAUGCUGCCUACUUUAUAAAUAGUUGUUUUGAAUGGGAGUCACCACCAAGAAGUCUGGCUGCUUUUGUGCUUUUCCUUAUAGUAACUUGGAAUUUUGAGCUCUACAUGAUUCCACUGGUCUUGUUGCUGCUGUUGGUGUGGAAUUACUUCUUGAUCGUAUCAGGGAAGGAUAAUUGGCCACAUGUUACCGUAGUGGAGGACAUGCUAGAGGACGAGGAAGAAGAGGAUGACAGAGAUGACAAGGACAGUGAAAAGAAAGGAUUUAUGAAUAAACUCUAUGCCAUUCAGGAAGUGUGUAUCAGUGUUCAGAACAUCCUUGAAGAAGUGGCUUCUUUUGGAGAAAGGAUUAAGAAUACAUUCAACUGGACUAUUCCAUUCUUAAGCUGGCUGGCCAUUGUUGCCCUCUGUGUUUUCACAGUCAUCCUGUAUUUCAUUCCACUGAGAUAUAUUGUCCUUGUCUGGGGUAUCAACAAAUUUACAAAGAAGCUCCGAAGUCCAUAUGCAGUUGAUAACAACGAACUACUUGAUUUUCUUUCCAGAGUCCCUUCAGAUGUGCAAGUGGUGCAAUAUCAAGAAGUGAAACACGACCCUUCUCACAGCCCGAGCAAGAGGAAGAAAAACAACCCUGGCUAGCCAGUUCCAUGUGCUGGGGAGAUCAGCAUCUGAACAAGGCAUCACACCACCUACGGAGCAUUUCUUCUCUUCAUAAUUUUUCUGUUUUCUUUUGGGUGAUUUUUUUUUUGGUAAUCUUAAUGAGAAAUUUGUAAAUACUGUACAGAGAGAUUUAGCAGGGAAAAUCUUCUUUCCAUUGUACAGAACUCCAGCGAAGGUUUGAAUCUAGCUUAUGCUUAAGUUUUGUUAGAUGAUAGAAGCCAUCAAUAGCAUGAAUAUGGAAUGGUACAUGAUAGGCGCAUAUACAUGGAUAAAGAUGUGUUUAAUUAAAAAUGUAAUUUAAUUCAUGCUUAAUUACUAUUAAGAAACCAAAUAACUGAUCUUUUUAUCCCAAAAAGGAUGGUCACUUUUUAAAGUUCUAUUUUAUACAUAUCAUUAGAUUUGCAGAGAAAAGCAAAUUCAUAUAUUUUAUCCACCAUCCUUGCUUGCUGCAAAAUAACCAGAUAUUAUAAAUUAACCAGGGCUUGCUGGAAGUAAAUGAGUUAUAUGCAAAAUGCAAAUGUCCUACUGGAUCUCCAAAGAUUUAAAGAGUUUCUUAAUACUUUUAUCAUUCCACCACCAGAGUUUGAAAAAAUAUUCCUGUAUCUAAAAUACUGCCAGGUUUAUAACUAAUUGCAUAUCUAACUUUUAUAAAGCCUUUAAUCUUGAUUUUUACUUGUUAGCUUCAUGAACAACUUCCAUAUAGUUCUUAAGUAAAAUCAGAUUUAAGCAGAUUGCU